UUUACUUUUUUUAUUUGCUGCUUUCACCGACCUUGCCAGCUUUUAUUUGUUUCGAUUUCAGUGGCGCACUGUUAGAGAUCUUGUAAACUUCACUGGUUGAUAUAUCAUUCCGUGGGAUUUUUUGCUGCUUUUUAACUUCACUUAUAUGAUCAACAUCGUUUAACGUAGUUUCAUCAUUUGCCUGCAGACAAAAUAACAAAAUGACUGUUCAAUACAGUCACUUUGUCCUAACUGGUGGCUACGGAGUGUUUUUUAGGCUUUUAUUAAAAUGGAGAGGCGGUGUCAUGAAGUUAAUUUCUUUUGACCUUAUUGUUUUUGCUAUCCUUUAUAUAGCGAUCAGUUUUAUGUAUCGUUAUGUUUUUUCUGAAAGCACCCAGAGAGGUUUUGAACGCUUGAUUUUAUUCACAAGCAAAUCACAAGCUAUGAUACCAGUGGCAUUCAUUCUUGGUUUCUAUGUGUCUUUAGUAUUUAAACGUUUUUGGAAUUAUUUCACCACUAUACCAUGGGUAGUGAGGUUCGCUGUAACUUUGGUCACGCAUUUACCGGGUACUACUGAUCGUAUACGCCUUAUACGUCGUACGUGUAUGCGUUAUGUUCUAGCCACUCUUAUCAUUGCUUGUGCACGUCUGAAUGUUGUCAUCAAGAAAAGAUUUCCUACUUUCGAUUUUUUCGUUGUAUCAGGUAUUCUUACCGAAGAAGAAGUUCGAAUCAUUACGAGUGUACAACCAGCUCAUGUUCAACCAUUUGUUCCAAUUGUCUGGGCUACAUCAUUGAUGGCAUUAGCACAAAAAGAAGGCUUCUUUAAAAAUCAACAUUCGCAUACACUUUUGAUUAAUGAAAUGAAUACUUUUCGUGGAAGCAUAUUGGAAAUGAUGCUGAUGGAUGCUAUAUGUAUUCCACUUGUUUAUACUCAGGUUGUAACAUUAGCAGUGUACUCUUAUGUGAUUGCUUCCCUCAUCAGUAGUCAAUUUAUCAUCAGUAGUUCACCUCUUGCUGGAAUGGCGAAAUCAAAGGAAUUAUACUUUCCAUUGUUCACACUAUUAGAACUUAUUGUCUAUGUUGGCUGGUUAAAAGUAGCUGAGACAUUAGUCAAUCCAAUGGGCGAGGAUGAUGAAGAUAUUGAUAUGAAUGAAAUCGUUGACUUCAACUGGAAGAUAGCAUGGUGUAUAGUGGAUGGGAUGAGAACAAGUGCACCAGCGGUUGUACGAGAUGUCCACUGGAGCCAAUCUGUUGUUGAAUUACCACAUACAGAAAGAUCUAGACGAUUGACAGUUGGCUCAAUGAAAGGAUCUACACACGAUUUGAGUUUUCCAAUCAACCCAGAACUACGUGCUCUGCUGUCAGCGAUAACUGCGGGUCAACAUUCACAAGUGGGAAGUACAGAAUCAUGUAAUGCUAGUGAAAGUGAACCUCCGCAUAGUCAAGAAUCACAAGAUCGUCGAAUAUCACACACAUUCACUUCAACAACAACUAAUGUUGUCCAUGAACCUAUCAAAGAAGAAGAUGAAGAAUGCGAAGAGGAUUUGUCGAGUAAGGAAGCAAAACCAAAUGAUGUUGACAAUACAGAUACAAAUGGUGGCGAACAACAUGAGGAUGGUUAUUCCAAGCUUUAAUAGCUUAUCUGUGCUUAUCUCUUAUAUAUAACCAUGUCACAACGCUUUACUCAUUCUCAUUCCACUAUGUACGUUUGCCUUACUUCGUGUUAUAGACUUUAUCAGGAUUGAAAAGCUUUCUGGGAUCACUUCCAUGCGUGUAAUUCACACAACAAGCCUGAAAACAAAACCUUAUUCCUUCUGGUAAUCUGCUAAUCAUCCAUGUCUUCGUCUUCAUCCACUUCCUCCUCCUCCUCCUCGUAUUUACUCUAUCUCAACAGUGUAGAGUUCUGUGGAAGCCUCCAUUAUUUUGGUACUUUUUCUACAACUCUUUAUUGCCAUGACAACUUAUUUUUUUCUUUUUGUUUUGUGUCAUUUCUAAAUAAAGCUAUUUUAGUUUAUUUAAUCUUUCUUUUGAUAAUUUAAUAAUUAUUCUCACUGUAGGAUUAAGAAUACAAUAAUAUAUUUCAG